AUUCGACGUCUCAUGGAACCUUGAGUCUCGUUGUAUAUUAAACUGAGGUUCAGACUGCCUGUCAGCGCUAUCUGAGCUAUGGUUCUUCAAGAUCUUGGACGGCGCAUUAAUGCGGCCGUCAACGACUUAACUCGAUCGAGCAAUCUCGACGAGAAGGCAUUCGAUGGCAUGAUCAAGGAGAUCUGUACCGCUCUCCUCGAAGCCGACGUCAACGUGAAGCUCGUCGGAAACCUACGCAAAUCUAUUAAAGCCUCCGUGAACUUCAAGGACCUCGAGCCAAGCGUCAACAAGAAGCGCCUCAUUCAGAAGUCCGUCUUCGAUGAACUGGUCAAGCUUGUCGAUCCCCAUGCCGAACCGUUCAAGCCAAAGAAGGGCAAGCCGAAUGUCAUCAUGUUUGUUGGAUUACAGGGCGCGGGUAAGACUACAACAUGUACGAAACUGGCACGACACUACCAAUCGAGAGGCUUCAAGGCCUGCCUUGUUUGCGCCGAUACCUUCAGAGCCGGAGCUUUUGACCAGUUGAAGCAAAACGCCACCAAGGCGAAAAUCCCAUACUAUGGUUCUCUCACACAGACGGAUCCAGCCGUAGUGGCAAAGGAGGGAGUGGAUAAGUUCAAGAAGGAGAGGUUCGAGAUCAUUAUCGUGGAUACGAGUGGAAGGCACAGGCAAGAAGAUGCUCUGUUCCAGGAAAUGAAGGAUAUUCAGGAUGCUGUGAAGCCAGAUCAGACUAUUAUGGUCUUGGAUUCCAGUAUUGGUCAGCAGGCUGAGGCGCAAAGUAAAGCCUUCAAGGAGGCCGCAGAUUUCGGAGCUAUCAUUAUUACGAAGACCGACGGAAGUGCAAGCGGUGGUGGUGCCAUAUCCGCAGUCGCUGCAACACGAACACCUAUCGUGUUUAUCGGUACUGGUGAGCACAUGCUGGAUCUUGAGCGAUUCGCGCCGCAGCAGUUCGUCAACAAGCUCCUCGGUAUGGGCGACAUGCAAGGCCUCGUCGAGCACGUGCAGUCGCUCAAGCUUGACCAAAAGGAUACGAUGAAGCACAUCGCUGAAGGUGUCUUCACUAUCCGCGAUCUACGUGACCAGCUCUCGAAUAUCAUGAAGAUGGGUCCCCUGUCUAAGAUGGCCGGUAUGAUCCCCGGCAUGAGUGGCAUGAUGCAGGGCAUGGACGACGAAGAGGGUUCCCUGAAGCUCAAGCGCAUGAUCUACAUCUGCGACAGCAUGACGACUAAAGAGCUCGACUGCGAUGGCAAGCUCUUCAUCGAGCAGCCAACGCGCAUGACGCGCAUUGCGCGCGGCAGCGGCACUAGCGUGCGCGAGGUCGAGGAUAUCCUGACGCAGCACAAGAUGAUGGCCGGGAUGGCAAAGAAGAUGGGCGGCAACAUGAAGAACAUGCAGCGCGCCCAGAGCGCGAUGGGAGGCGCCAACAAGCAGCAGCAGAUGGCGGCGAUGCAGAAGAGACUCGCGAGCAUGGGAGGUGCAGGUGGUGCCGGUGGUGGUGGCAUGCCAGACCUGAGCUCGAUGAUGAAGAUGUUUGGUGGCGGUGGAGGAGGGGGAGGAAUGCCUGGAGGCAUGGACAUGCAGGCCAUGAUGCAGCAGAUGGGGGGCAUGAUGGGAGGUGGGGGGAUGCCUGGUGGAAGUGGCGGUGCGGGGAGAGGGAGGAGAUAGAGUCUAGUGGGGCCUCUGGUGGUCGUCUGUCUGGCGCGCCACAAAUUUGAGCAUAGCGAGGAGCCUGGAGUUAGGGAUUUACUUCCGGCAUGUAACUGAAAUAUUAACGUUGAAUAACGAUCACACGGAAGAUAAUUUAGGUCAUGAAGUAGUGGGUGGUCGGCGUGUCGUAAAGGGUAUUGACUGAACGAUAAAUUUAAUCGCCAGCCGCCUACACCAGUCCCCAACCAGCUAAUAUCUGUGAUAUAUUUUAUAGUCUCAAACUUCCUCGUUCACCGCAACAGUCUAUUCACGAUAAAUCGAUACAUCGAUAGAAGCCACAACGGCCAUGGGUGGCCGCAUUACGUGGGCGUACGGUGGCUGGACCAUAAAAUUUCCCGCCCAUGCAUAUGCUUCCCCGCAUUCCCAGCCGGAGAGUUUUUCCCUUGGGUUCAGUGGUAAGCCGCUAAGU